UCAUCAUUAGUGCGCAUUUCGCCCUCUGGAGCAGCAACGGAACACUGCGGGCUUACGACCACAAAAACAAACCCAAUCUAACGUCGGUGCUUUCUGCUCAGACAGCUCGACAAGAUGAACACCUACUUUAGCCGCUGUCACCCUGUCAUCGCCGGCUGUGUGCUGGUCGGUUUGGUUCUGGCUUUGGAAGACGGCCCGGAUCGCCCGGUUGUCGGAGCUCCGGGAUCCCCGGUCCGUGUGUCGGAAUCAGACCCGGCGGUUCUGAAAGCAGUUAAAUUUGCUGAAGAGCGGUACAAUAUGGGGUCCAACGCGAUGCACGUACGCCGUGUCAGCAAGAUCCUUUCGGCCAGCGAACAGCUGGUAAAAGGUGUAAGGUACAGUAUUAUGGUGGAGAUUGGAAGCACACAGUGUAAGAAAUCUGUAGCGCUGAGUGCUGUGGACACCUGUGAGUUUUUCCCUGAGCCUCACAAACAGAAGACGGAGGUGUGUUUGUUUGAGGUUUGGGACAUUCCCUGGGAAAGUAAAUCCACCCUUCUUAAACAGAAGUGUCAGCCUGCAGUUUCCAAGGAGCCCAAAAAGGUUGCGGCUGUACCCCUAACCCAUGGCAAACCUUUGAAGGAAUCUGUAGAGCUUUUGACCCAGUUCAAAAACUUUAUGAUCACAUAUAACCGAACCUAUAGCUCCCAAGAGGAGGCUGAGAAGCGUCUGCACAUUUUCCAGGAGAAUAUGAAAACAGCGCAAACGUUGCAGUCUCUGGAACAGGGGUCAGCUGAGUACGGUGUCACCAAGUUCAGUGACCUCACAGAGGAUGAGUUCCGAAUGAUGUACCUGAACCCAAUGCUGAGCCAGUGGAGCUUGCAGAAGAACAUGAAGCUGGCGACUCCUACCAGUAAAGUCGCUCCUGACAGCUGGGAUUGGAGGGACCAUGGUGUGGUCAGCCCUGUGAAGAAUCAGGGCAUGUGUGGCUCUUGCUGGGCAUUCUCCGUGACUGGAAACAUCGAGGGACAAUGGUUUAAGAAGACUGGACAGCUACUGUCCCUCUCAGAGCAGGAGUUAGUGGACUGUGACAAGCUGGACCAAGCAUGUGGAGGUGGACUGCCUUCUAAUGCUUAUGAAGCCAUCGAGAAGCUUGGCGGUCUUGAGACUGAAACGGAUUACAGCUACACAGGACACAAGCAGAGCUGUGAGUUCUCGACUGGGAAGGUGGUCGCUUACAUCAACGGCUCUGUUGAACUGCCCAACGAUGAGAACCAGAUUGCUGCUUGGUUGGCUGAGAAUGGCCCGGUGUCUGCUGCCCUCAAUGCUUUUGCCAUGCAGUUCUACAGAAAGGGAGUGUCCCACCCUCUAAAGAUCUUCUGCAACCCCUGGAUGAUUGACCACGCUGUGCUGCUUGUGGGAUACGGAGAACGCAAUGGCAUUCCAUUCUGGGCCAUCAAGAACAGCUGGGGAGAGGACUAUGGGGAGCAGGGUUACUAUUACUUAUACAGAGGAUCCAGACUGUGUGGAAUCAACAAGAUGUGCUCAUCUGCAAUUGUGAUUUAGACAAACACACACACACGUGUACACAAGCGCAUACAUACACAGCUUGGGUACAAAAACAUCUCAAAAGCCCAGUCAUGAACAUGUGAUUCUGUACAGAGGUAACUUUGGUUCAGUUAGCAUGUGAUCUGAUAUGCCACACAUAAAAUAGUGUUAUGUAACACACAUAUUUUACUCAUAUUUCAUUCACAUAAGCUCAAAGUUCUCAAUAGCUCAGAUAUGUGUAGUAUUCUUCUUGAUGUCAUGGCACUUUAGUUAUCAGUUCUCUCUGUUACAUACAUGCAAACAUGCUGUAAACAUCCAUUAUAUUUAGUAUUGCUGAAUUUAGGUUUUCUUUUAUUGGGUAAUGUUUGAAGGUAUGAAAGGCAUAGGAGAAGCAGUAUGUACCUUAUCUCAGAAACCACAUGUGCAGUGAUGUUAGCAAAGAGGGACAAGAUUACAGCACACUCAUUUUACCAACUUACUACUACAAACAACACAUUUACCUACAACAAAUAUGUUAUUGUGAUUUUAGAUGAGUUCAUUUGGUUAAAGGGAUAGUUCACCCAAAAAAAAAAAAAAACUCUGUCAUUUACUCACCCUUGUGUUGUUCCAAACUUCCUAACUGACUGGAACACAAAAAGGAUAUGUUAGGCAGAAUGAUGGCUUAUUGAUCACUAUUCACAUUAAUUGUAUGUAAAAAGAUGCAAUGAAAGUGAAUGGUGACUGACAUCUUUUGUGUUCCACUGCAGAAAGUCAUACAGAAUUUUAAUUUUUGGGUGAACUAUCCCUUUAAUUACUUUGUUUUACUCUGAUUAGAUUUAUUAUUCGAUGUUUUAAUAUUUAAUUCUUUAUUUAAUUCCAAAAAACUGCACUGAGUUUGAGUCCUGCUUACUUUUAACCCUGCCGAAUAGAUUUGUGAUUACUGAUUUUAAACUUUAUAUUUUAACUGAGUUCAUUUAACUGAGUAUUAUUGAGUGACUGGUCCUGGAAACCAGAUUUUGCACAUUAUGGCUAAUUUUCACAGUAUACUGUGAUCAUUCCGUUACCAUGUUAUCUUUACUCCUAAUUUUUGAACAUUACAUUUUGCUGCAUGGAAAAAGCUGAAGAUGCUCCUUCCAAAUACAAAAUGGAAGAUGCCUAGGGUUGCAAAGCUUCAGGUUUGUUUUGUGCUGAAAAAGACGAAUCUUUUAGUUGCUGUGCUGUAUUAUUCAAACCAGUUGUAUUAUUACAGUUGAUUAUUAAAGCUAUAUUGCUAAAAGCUUUGUAAUUGUCAUUCUAACAAAUCUGCUAAAUAAACUCCAAAUCGUCUCUAAAGUCA